AUGGCUGCACUUACCAAUGAAGAAAUGAUUAAGUAUGUUAAAUCGCAAGGAAAUAAGGUUGUCAGUCUUAAUGAUGAAAAUUAUGAACACAUAUUAAAUGGAGAGAGAGAUUAUCACUUGAUUGUGAUGUUAUCAUCGCAAUCGGCAAAGAUUAACUGUGCUUUAUGUAAUGAAUUUAAACCAGAAUUUGAAAUCGUUGGAAAUUCGUGGAUUCAAGACCAUCCAAAUGGGUUAAGUAAGGAAGAAUUGGAAGACACCGAAUCGCUUAUUCCAAAGAAGAAUGUAUACUUUAUGUUUUCCGAAUUUACUGAAUCCCGUAACUUUUUCCUGUCCCUUCAACUUAAUAAUAUUCCUAAAGUAUUCCAUUUCCCACCAUCUACAAGUAAAAGGCCAAAUGAGUAUAUCAAACAGUUCGAUGAAUACCAAUUUUAUCAAGGAGAUCAUAAAUCAUUGUUGGCAUCUUGGUUAAAUCAAAUUACGGGACAUACCUUCAAUAUCUAUAUCCCACCUGAUUACACUAGAAUUGCUACUAAUGCGCUCAUUACAUUUGCAUUAGUAAUGUUAAUUAGAAGGUUCAGUGCCCAAUUCACAAUGGUUGUCACAUCUAAAAUAUUGUGGAGUGGUAUUUCUUUAGUCGCUAUACUAUUAUUGAUUUCUGGUUACAUGUUUAACCAAAUUCGUGGAGUCCCCUUUGUAAUGGAACACCAAAGUGGCAAAGUUGAUUACUUUGUACCUCAGCAACAAAACCAAUUAGGAGUUGAAACUCAAAUUAUGUCCUUCAUUUAUGGUUGUUUGAGCUUAUUGGUAGUGAUGUUAAUUAAAAAAGCACCCGAAAUUAAGAAUUCUCAUGUAAAAUUGAUUGCUGUUAUAGUACUUAGUAUUUUAAUCUUUGUUUUGUAUAGUAUUUUACUUUCAAUCUUCGGUAUCAAGGGAAUGGGUUACCCUUACAGAUUCAUAACAUUAUAA